AUGUUUCAUUCUUCUACUGUUACUCCUGCGGCUGUAGUUCAGCGUCGGCAGAAGCCCCAGUGUUCUGUACGUCGUCGAUACCGAUUAGAUGAAGUAGCGGCCUUCAUUACUGGCGGUUUAUCAUCCACUUCCUCCUCUGCCGUAUCUUCUUUCCAUCGAGUGGCCCUACAGUUCCCGGAUGAUUUACUGGAAGAUUCUAUAGCUGUAAUGGAAACAUUAAAAGAAAUUCUUGCCUCAAAUAAAACACAUAAUGGUAAGAACAAAGAAGAAACAUCUGCUGAUCCUGAUAAGGAAGGAAAAGAAUGUCAUCAUAAGGAAGAGGAUACAGAAAAGGGAAUACGCCUAUUUGUAGUGGCGGAUAACACAUUUGGUUCUUGCUGUCCUGAUGAGAUUACCGCACAACAUUACAAUAGUGAUUGUAUUAUUCAUUUUGGUGAUGCUUGUAUGAGUCGAUCUACACGUAUUCCAGUCUACUACGUCCAGGAUGAUUUCCACUUCACCGCACUCUCUUAUCAUCAUCCUCCUCCUCCUCCUCCUCAUAAUAAUAAUAAUAAUAAUAAUAAUAAUAAAGAGAAAUGGGAUAAUCUCUCUGUGAAGAUCGUGGUCCAGGCAGUGGCUCUACUGCAAAAACGUCUUCAUACACUGAGCUUAUCCCUAAAAGAAGAACACAUUCCCUCACGUGUGGUGUUGGUGGUUGUUGGAACUCAUCGCUCUCGUAGUCUUGUAGAGAAUGCCGCACGUCAAUGGAGGAAUGAACAAGAAAAGAUCUCUACACUUCAUCCCUCUUCUUCUAUUGGAGAAGAUGAGGUUUUGAUUGAAUGGUGCAAGUUUGAGCCUACGAACUGUGAAGAAGAAAAAGAACAACAACAAUCUUUUGAGAAAGAAUCAACAUGGGUAAUGAAUGGUGUUCGCUUUUCUCGUACAGAUGCCAAUACACUUCAACAAUUUCUCUUUAUCGGACCUUCUAACAGUGUUCUUCCUAUACAUCUUUUAAAUGUGCAGCAGUAUAAUCUCUUUCAUCAUCCUGAGGCAUUGCGGGAUGUUGCAUUUGAUAGCAAUGUCUAUGAACAACUAACAAUUCUUGAUGAAUCUUUUCCUCAAAAUGAUGAAUUAGAUUUUUCUAAUUUAAAAAUAGAUUCUGCCGCAUUAGAAACAGUACUUGAGAAAUACUUUUCUCAAAGUGCUAAUACUCUAAGAGUGCAUCAAACAGCUCUUAAUAAACGAAUGCGACAACGAGCAUUUAAUGUUGAACUUAUUCGUUCUUGUUCUGCUGUAGGAAUUGUUGUGGCCUCUUUGGCUAUAGAAGGAUAUUAUGAAGUAACCAUGUUACUACAUAAACUUCUUCGUGCAUAUGGUAAACGUUCAUAUAUUAUCUACAUUGGUCAUUUAAAUAAAUAUAAAAUUGCCAACUUUGUAGAUACAGUGGAUUGUUUCGUUUCUAUUGCAUGCCAAAACAGUCGUGAAGGUUAUUUUCCUUCUAAAGAGGAUGAAUUCUCAAAACCAAUCGUUUCACCUAUUGAAGUGUUAUUAGCCCUACGAACAGAAGACGGCGAUUCCCCACUCUUUGGUCAUCAUGCUGUUUAUAGUACCACCUUUGAUGCUGUACUUCCUCUUUUACGCGAGGCUGUGGAGUCCGUCGAUAAAGAACGGGCAGAAACAAAGAGUUCUACUGUUCAUAUGCCUGGAGGUGCUGAUGGUAGUGGCGCUGCGUUGAUUCGAGCGACGGCGGGAACUCUUGCGAUUGCGGGAGCGAAUGGGGCGUUGGUGCGACUGCACGAGCGGAGUUUUGUUGGACUCGACCCGCAAGUCGGGCAGACGCCUGUGCAGGCGGCGAUUGUGGAGGGCCGGCACGGAAUAGCCCGCGGUUACGCCUCAGAGAGAAGCCGACAGCAAGGAGAAGAUGGAGGAGAAGAAGAUAAAGGAAAAGAAGAAUAA